AUGAUUGUCCUCUACCUUCUCGUGCUUGCCAGUGCAUGGCAAAGGGUGAUCGCUGAAUCCAGCUCCUGUUCAGGCAGUGUAACCAUCUCAAGCCAAAGCGAUGCCAAUAAUCUGACCAGUUGCGAGACAUUCGAGGGAAGCAUUACAAUAUCAUCGGUCGCCAGCGGAGUGAUCAAUAUCAAAAAUGUUGAGGAAAUCAAAGGCGCAUUCAUCGCAGAAGAUGCAUCGGAGCUCACGGAAAUUCUCGCUCCUGAUUUGGAGAGUGUACAGGGCGCGAUCACUCUAAGUAACCUCGGAUCACUCACAACCAUCACGAUGGGCGAACUAUCGAAAGUCUCUAGCAUGACGAUCACGGGGAGCCCGAAGUUGAAAAAUCUUGCGUUUCAGGAGUUGGAGGAUAUCGAAGGGCAAUUGGAAUUGGUCGGAUCGUUCGAGAGCGUGUCAUUACCCUCACUGAACCAAGUCAAAGGACGGACAAAGAUCACAGGCAGUAGUUCGAUGUCAUGCAGUGCAUUCGACAGUUUGAAAUCCAACGGCGUCUUCAAGGGCGACUAUUCCUGCUCGGAGAGCUCGUCCGGCCUGAGUGCAGGAGCUAAGGGCGGCAUUGCAGCAGGUGUAAUAUCGGGUGUAAUUUUGAUCGUGGCGAUUAUCUGGUUUGUGCUUCGACGGCGGCGCCAGAAAAAGAGGGUUGAGAGUGUCCAAUCCAUUGUUGCAUCUUCAUCUACCUCAUCGCCUGUCAUGGUGCAUGACGAAAAGACGCCCAUUUCGACUCGCAACGUCUCGCCCCAAGACAGUAUAUCGCUUCCAAGCGAGCCACAGACUCUGUUGCCUAGAAAGCCAGUGGGAUCUGCUGUAUUUUUGGACAGUCGCUCUCUUUACGAGGCCCCAGGCGCAUCCCUUCCAGUCCAAGAGUAUCACGAAUUGGACGCGGGACCAGUCUCGAGUUCACAUCAGCGACCUAUCAAUGCAAACUAA